AGUGUCCCGACCAAACAUUGGUCGGGACGCGGGACAAAGAAGCAAAUAUUGGGACAGUCCCGAUAAAAUCGGGAUGUCUGGUCACCCUAAUAGUCCUCAGCUACUAUGGCUUUGAAUUGCAAGGAAACUGUGUGUGGUCCAGGCUGUUGCGCGCUUUAUGCCCUCUCAUGGAAGCACAAGGAGGGACAGUACUCAUGCGUGGCCCAAAUGGACACGGCUAUCAAAAUAAAUAAAUAAAUAAAAAUGUUCUUGUGUGCAUAGGGUAAGUAAUUGUUUUUCAUUAUUGUGGUUUUCUCCUCCCUGCCACCACUUACCAGUGAACCAGGCAUAUGCUUGAUUACAUUAGAAUUAUUUGAUAGUUCUUUCUAAGGAAAAUAUUUUGAUUUUGUGCCAAUUUAGUUGAUUUGUAUGCUGUUUUCAUGUUUUAGACACUCUUUAUCCAGCCUGGUGAGCAAGUGAUUGUGCUAGUGGCAAUAUGCUAUAUAUGGGGGACUCAUAGCAGAAACAAGCAACUUCUGCUUUCUUCCACCAGAUGCCGCCCAUUGCCUCUACAGUAUGCUGAGUUUGAGUGUAUCAGAGAUUUGAAGGAGUUAUGAAACAUUGCUAAGUUUCUAUUAAAAUAGUUUUUUUGGUCUUGUUAAAUAGUACUUUAUUUUCUUAAUUCAGUUCCAUCUUUAUUAUCUGAAGCUCCUUAUCUGAAACAGGGUCAUGUUCUCUGAUUUCUACUCAUAUAGGGGGAAAAAAUUCCUUCAGUAAACUGAAAUUUUCUAAAUUUUAGAGAAUUCUGAAUAAAUUGAAGUUAUCCAUUGUCCCCCAUUGUAUUUGGAUAAUCAAGGUCGAAUUUUGCAUAAUGUUCAGGUGUGUGUACCAGGAAACAAAAUAUUAUCUUGCCUUUUAAAAAGUUAAAGGAAUUGUCAGUGUUUACUGGAAAGCUUUCUUCCCCAGACUUCAGGUCUAUGUUUGUUUCACAUGUAAUUGGAAUAUUAUACUCACUUACUUAUUUUAGGCAAAACUCUCGAAGUCCCUGCCUGGACCUUAAAAAGCUUUAGAACAUUAUACUGUAUUAUGCUUUUUUAGGAGUUAUGGGGCUGUGUUAAAAAUGUUUAAGCAAGCUUUGGAGUCAGUGGUUUUUCCUACAGAUACUACUCUGAGGUCAGCAUAAUUAUGUAUAAGCAAUAAACUUUAUUCUUUCCUAUAAUUUGUUAAUGCAUUGAAAUUUAACUUUAUUUAUAGUUCAGAAUGGGAAUGUCUAUAUCCUGAGCAAUUAAAAAUUUUUUUUGUGUCUAGUAGACUGUUCUGUUGCUGUUUAUUAUUUUAAUAUUUUUAUUUCUAAAACACCUAUCCAUGUUGCUGGGUUGGAGAGGAGCUUUCUGAGCACUGCUCUUAGCCAGGUUCAUGAAGAAUUUAUUAAUAACAUGGCAAAUACUACCGUUGAAAGUUUGAUACAAAAAUUUGCAGAGUCAAAAGGCACUGGCAAGGAGAGACCUGGCCUUAUCGAAUUUGAAGAAUGCAACACAGCUAGUGCAGUUGAAGGGAUCAAACCAAGGAAAAGAAAGGCAUUUGGUUUAUCAGGAAUAAUUAAGAAAGAAAAAGAUGCAGAAUCUGUGGAAUGUCCAGAUGCAGAUUCAGUUAACAUUCCUGAUGUAGAUGACGAAGGGUACAGUAUUAAACCAGAAGCAAGCCAGAAUACCAAAGAGAACCAUUUCUACUCAUCCAGUGAUUCUGACUCUGAAGAUGAUGAACCGAGGAGGUUCCAUGUAGAAAUCAAACCUGUACAGCCAAAUAAUAGCUCUCACUACACUAUGGCUUCAUUGGAUGAAUUAAAAGUAUCUAUAGGGAACAUCACUCUUUCUCCAGCAAUAUCUAGACACAGUCCUGCUCAAAUGAACAGGAAUUCACCUAGUGAAGAGUUAACAAAAUCAAAGCAUUCUGCCCCAUCUAAUGAGAAGGGGAACAAUGACCUCCUCGCCUGGGAUCUACCCUUUGCCACUUCUCUUGAUUCAUCUUCUUCAGCUUCAUUGACAUCCUCAGCCUCAUUAGCACAAUCUGUUCCUUUACAAAAAAGUUCUUUUUGUUCCUCAUGUAUCCUGUCUAAAGAUUGUACAGCAAAUACCACCAGUACCUCAGCUACACUAAAAGAGCAAAAUAGGAGCUCCUUCUCAUCAACCAUUGAUUUUCCUGGGUGCAUACUAUCUGAAUCUUUGCUUGGGCGCCAUACAGAUUCUUGGUCUAGGAGCCCAUCAUCACCAGACUUCACCUCUAGCUUUUUGUGCAAAACUUAUAUUACAACAGAACCAACAGGGAACACAAAUACUUUACCUAUUAUUUCGUGGUCUCAAAAUCAGUGGAUUUGCUUUACUGGUGAUCUUGUUACAGUUGAACAAACAAAUGCAAACCACAAGGCGCCCCAGAGUUUGCAUUUUAAAACUGAAAAUCUCCACACUGCCUCUGCUGCUUUGCUUGGGAGUUCUUCCAACAGCUGUGCCACUGAGGAUCAAAGUGACCUUUACAAUAAUAUUACGUACCAUGAAAAAUUAUUCAUUGAAGAAACUGACAGUGCUGCUGAAAUUUCUUCCACAUCUUCAUCAGCGCCACUGGACUCUAGUUUAGUCUCUACUUGUGUUCAUAUAAACAAGGCUAGGCCCACAACUCCUCUUUCUGUAGGCACUAUUGUACCACCUCCAAGGCCUGCUUCCAGACCAAAGAUAUCAACAGGGAAACUUAGUGGAAUUAAUGAAAUACCGAGGCCAUUCAGCCCACCCUUGACCUCUAACUCCAGUCCACCACCUAUAGCUCCUUUGGCACGAGCAGAGAGUAUCUCAUCAAUAUCUUCUUCUGCUUCUCUAAGUGCAGCAAAUACACCCACAGUAGAUGAUGAUAUAGUCAUUGGAAAGCUCCCUACGAUUGAAAAACUUUGUGAGACACCUGCAGGUGUUUCACGUGGUCCCAGCCCUGUCACCCUUGGAAACCAGGACACCCUGCCUGUUGCAGUAGCCUUUACUGAAUCUGUUAACGCCUACUUUAAAGGAGCAGAUCCUACAAAAUGUAUUGUGAAGAUCACUGGUGAUAUGACAGUGUCAUUCCCAAGUGGGAUUAUUAAAGUCUUCACCAGCAACCCAUCUCCAGCUGUACUCUGCUUCAGGGUAAAAAAUACAAGCAAACUAGAGCAGAUUCUUCCAAAUGCACAACUUGUAUACAGUGAUCAAUCACAAAGUGACUCCAGUACAAAAGAUUUUUGGAUGAACAUGCAAGCUGUCACAGUCUACCUCAAGAAGUUAUCAGAGCAGAAUCCAUCUGCUUCCUAUUAUAAUGUUGAUGUUUUAAAAUAUCAGGUAUCUUCAAAUGGUAUCCAGUCCACUCCUUUGAAUCUUGCAACUUACUGGAAAUGUAAUGCUAGCACUACUGAUGUAAGAGUGGAUUACAAGUACAAUCCAGAAUCUAUGACUGUGCCUAGUAUGCUGUCUAACAUACAGGUUGUCGUACCGGUAGAUGGAGGAGUAACAAACAUGCAGUCACUUCCCCCUGCAAAAUGGAAUGCAGAACAGAUGAAAGCUUUUUGGAAAAUAUCUGGUAUUUCAGAAAAGUCAGAGAAUGGAGGUUCUGGAUCCCUGAGGGCAAAGUUUGAUCUUUUAGAAGGACCUAGUAAACCAGCUACACUUGCAGUGCAAUUCAUUAGUGAAGGAAGCACCCUUUCAGGUGUAGAUGUAGAGCUAGUAGGCACUGGCUACCGGCUUUCCCUAGUUAAAAAGAGAUUUGCCACUGGACGAUAUAUGGCAGAUUGUUGAUAAACCUGUGGAAAUCAUUGAAUCAAAGGAGCAGAAGAAGCUAUUUUCUCUACCUUUCAAACACUAUUUUAACAUGCAUUAAUUUUUUUAAACUUUGACCUGUUUUACAAAAUAAAAAAAAUGCACUUUUUUAAAGAAGUCAUUUUGGGAAAAAAAUGUUAUUUUAUAAUAGCACUGAAGUGAACUUCAACACUGUUUGUAAAUGAUCAACUACAAUCUUUAGGAAACUUGUUUAUUCAGAUUUUAGUAAAUUUAUAUAAACUAAGUCAAAAUACUAAUCAUUAGCUAUAUUGAAAAUGUAUGAAACGAUAUUAAACUGUAAACAUUAAACUUUAAAAAGUAGGAGAGCAAGCACAAAAUAUUUUAGCUUUGCAUAAAUAUUCAUAUGUAGGUUUUCUGUUUCCUUAAUUGCCAUUGUGCAAAGCAAACAGAGGCAAAGAUAAUCUCUCCACCCACUUAUGUUGCAUUCAUGUGCUAUAAAAUCAGUUGUUAGAAAGAGAUGUAUACAAAAAGUAUAAUGUGAUUCCCAUGUACCAUAUAUUAAAGUGUAAAUUGUUUUAUAUAUAAGAUUUAAUUUUUUUUCCUAAGUGCAAUGUGUUAAAAAUUGCAAAAGGCAGCAGAGAUACUUACUUCUGCUGUUAGUAAAUUUUAUGGGAGUUGUGAUUGUUUGAAUUAAUGCUGUAGACUUAAUUUAUUUUUAUAUGGAUUACAUAACAUUUGUGCCUUUUUUAAACUGCCUGUCCAAUUUGUUGUUGAUGUGCCUCACUUCCUUUUUCAGUCUGGCUCUUCCAUACCGUGGUGUAUGUAAUGCAUAGAACUUCAUAAAAUUCCUUUGAGUGGAAUUUAGAAAGUAUAUUUACAAUAACUGGAGGUUGCUUUGUAAAAUGUUUAAAAUACUGGAUUACUUCCUUAUGGGGUAAUUGCAAUAAAUGCAGCCAUUGUAGAGGGAAAUGCAUAGCGCAAGACUUUAAAUAUAAUCACAGAAAAACUCUGUCAAAGUUUCAACUUUAAUCUCACCAAAGAAGUGUGAAUUCUGAAGAUGCAUAAAGAAUGAUAAAAACAGGAUAAUUUUUAAAACAAAUGUAGCAUUUCCCUUCACUCUGACUACUAAGUUGUUUAAGAUUCAAGUGCUUUAUGGACUUGUGAUAUGAAUGUAAACGUUGUGCUUUGUGAGGAAUAGCAUUUUAGAAAGGUAUAUUUUUGGCAGCAGCAAGAAAAGUGCUGCCAUUUGCAUUAUUAAUUUAAGCUUCACUGAAAAACUACCACUUCGUAUGUUUGUAUUGUCACCUAAUCUAUUUGCCAUAUGCAAAAUAUAGGGAAGUGAUCUGAAGUGACACAUUGGUAGUAUUUCUUAAAACCGGUUAGUAACUUCAAAAAUCAGUUAUGUAUUGUGCUAUUGUUAAACAAGUCCUUAUUAAGUUCAGAAAUCAAAUGUUUUGGGGCAGAAUAAUUUAAUAACCUGCAAAUGGGAAUAGUAUAUUAUAAUUCUGAAUACCAAUGUCUAUUCAGAUUAUAUACUGGAAGCAAUAAUAAUUUGUUUUGUGUAAUAAUUCAUGUAAAACCACUAACAAAUUGGACUGCUAAGCUUUACACAGAUGAAUUUUCAGGACCCUUAGACACUUACGUAAGUUCUGAUUCAUGUUACACACUACAGACAAGAGUCCAUUGUUAAACAAUAUCCAGUACAGUAUGUGCUUUUUAUAUGUAUUCCUUGUUAUAACAAACCUGAAUUAAAUUUGACUGGAGCAGUACAUAUGACUCUUAAUUUGCUAAAAUAUUACUCUUUACUGAAUGAUGAACAUAACUAGAAUAUCUAAUUCUUAUUGUAAUUGGCAUUUUAAAUGGUACAGUCUUUUACUGGAAUCUUAAUUGUAAUUUGCUUUGCAAUCAAACUGUGUGUUUAACCUGACAGUUAUUUUAUUAUUGAAAUCCAAGAAUUAUUUUACUCUCCAUUUUUAAUCAAGUAUUACUUAACUACUUCAUUAAUUUAGAAAUUUAAGUUUCAACAAUUUUAAACUAGCAUUCAUACCAGGUGAUAAAACAUACAUUUGUAAUGGGUACAGGUUACAAUUUUGAAGCCAUACAAAUUUAUAUAGACUUCUUGUAGAGAAAUGGAUCAACAGUGUAAAAAAAGAGAUAUUUGAUGAGAAAUGUAUGUAGCAAGCUGGUUCUUGCCUGUGUAUACAGCGAUAACCUUUGUAGCUGCCGCCUAUUGAGAAAAUGAAUUUUUAAACAGUUCUAAAGGAUCUGAGGUUUGUAUGGAUUAUUAAUACUUUGGAGUGUAAAUUAGAACAAUACAAAUUUCUUAUAAAAAUUGUAAAUACUUUUGAUUUUUCAUAAAAUGUAAAUUUUCCAAAAAAAAUUGCACCCAUAAUAAACAUGUAAUAUAUAAUUUA